GGGGGGCACCCGCCCGCCCGCCCGGCGCCGCACCCGGCACACGGAUUUACAGCGCGGACCGCAGCCUCCGGAGCGGCUCCAGCAGGGAUGGAGGGAUGCAUGUACAGCUGGGAGCAGCAGGAGCAUGGCACAGGCCCUCAGAGAUAGAUGUGAAGGUAGUGCCCUGUGAGGACACAGCAGAACAUCCCCAGACCACGGAGGAGUGUGAGGUCUUGCUGGGAAGAGGAGAGCUCCCUUUCCUGCCCUGCCAGCCAGGUCUGCCUGAUGCCUGGUUACCUACCGCAUUUCCAGGGAUCAAUACCAGGAUUUGAGGCUCGAAACCUGGAGGUGCAUUAGUGCUGUGGGAUUGCUGGAGAGCCUGACAGCAAUGGGGGAUCCACCACAGAGUAGGGACAUCUGCCCAGGAGGCCCUGCAUGCCUGUGAGCCCUGGCUGCUGCUUGCGGAGGGUGCCAGGGUUGCUCAGCAAGCCGGGGCUGGUGGCAGAGCUGAGGUACUUGCAGGGCGCAGCCAGCAAAGGGUGAAGAGCUGGGAGAGGGUCUGCAGGGGCAGCCCAGAACCCCAGGAGAGUGGGAGCUGAGCUGCUGCUCCUCCAGGGAUCUCUUCCUGGGGCCAGCAGACAGAGCAGCCCUUGGUCCCUGGCUCACUGUGGAUGUCCCCCCUUGCCCCGCCAACAGGACCGCUCCCCUAGUGCUGGUGUGGAGGGAGGGCUGCUCAUCUCAUCAUGGUGCUGCCACCGCCCGACAAGCGCCAUGUCUGUUUGACCACCAUUGUCAUCAUGACCAGCAUGGCCUUCAUGGAUGCGUACCUGGUGGAGCAGAACCAAGGGCCCCGCAAGAUUGGUGUCUGCAUCAUCGUGCUGGUGGGGGACAUCUGCUUCCUCAUCGUGCUGCGCUAUGUGGCGGUGUGGGUGGGGGCAGAGGUGAAGACAGCCAAGCGGGGCUAUGCCAUGAUCCUGUGGUUCCUCUACAUCUUCGUGCUGGAGAUCAAGCUGUAUUUCAUCUUUCAGAAUUACAAAGCAGACAAGAAGAACCUGGAGACAGUGGCCAGGAAAGCCCUGACCCUGCUCCUCUCUAUUUGUGUGCCCGGGCUCUACCUGGUGUUGGUGGCCUUGGACAGCAUGGAGUAUAUACGGACCUUUCGGAAGAAAGAGGACUUGCGGGGACGCCUCUUCUGGGUGGCCCUUGACCUGCUAGAUAUUUUGGACAUCCAGGCCAACCUGUGGGAGCCGCACAGGACCGGCCUGCCCAUCUGGGCAGAGGGGCUCAUGUUCUUCUACUGCUACAUACUCCUCCUGAUCCUGCCUUGUGUGUCCCUCAGUGAGAUCAGCAUGCAAGGGGAGCACAUUGCCCCACAAAAAAUGAUGCUCUACCCUGUCCUCAGCCUGGUCACCAUUAACAUCGUCACCAUCUUCAUCCGGGCUAUCAACAUGGUCUUGUUCCAGGACAGCAGGGUCUCCACCAUCUUUAUUGGCAAGAACAUCAUCGCAAUUGCCACCAAGGCAUGCACCUUCCUCGAGUACAAGCGGCAGGUGAAGGAGUUCCCUCUGGAAGCUCCAGCAGAACUCCCUCUCCCACAACCAGAGCAUCCACAGCACACAGGGCAUCCCGCACGAGCCAUCACCCACGAGGGAGAUCCUUGACACAUGAGGGGUCACGCCCAGCCGAGCAUUGGUUCAGAUAGCCCUGUGCCAAGCAGAGGAGGGAUACUGCUUUCUCGCUGCAUGGGCGAGCAAGAUGGACAAAUCCCACCAGCGAGGGCUCUUCUAGGCACAAAACACCAACCACGUUGUAAUUGAGCUAUGGAGUGUCCCCUAGAUGUCUUCAUCUCAGGUAUAACCCUAGGAGUCCUCCAGACAAACCAAAUGAACUUGCAAAGGACCUGAACCAGUUAGCCCUUUCCAUCUGUCCUUCCCGCCACCAUCACUCCUGAGCAAAGACUGCUAAGGUUGCAAAGUCCCUUUUUACUCCUUGAGCACCUCACCUUUACCCCAAGCCUGGAACGAAGAUUUUGUUACUGAAGACCUUUUUAUUAAGUGGGGACAGGGGCAUAGGUGUAUGGGUUGGGGGGGGAAGGUGGGAUGUUUGAACCAGUAAACCCUGUGAUUGUAGAUGUCUCUUAUCUCCAAUGGUUGUGUUUACAGUUUCCUAUUUAUAGUGGCUCCCAGGGGCUUCUGGGCUGCCCCAGGGACCAGUCCUUGUGGGUUGGUGAUGGCCAAGAGCAGCAAGCCCUGCGGCAGGGAGCAGGGCUGGGAGCCGGCAUGGGUCCCUCACCACAGGACAAGGGACACCUCAAGCAGUGCACCACGCCAACCCUGCUGGGAGCAAUAUUUGACAAGCUGAAGCUGAUCUAAUGCUGGUGUUUUAUGGAUUUCAUUAACUCCAAACAACUCAGCACAAUAUUUCUAUUUUUAGAAGGGUCCCUCCCUGCUGUUGCAAGCCUCCCCGCCUGCAGCAUCCAGCACCGCUGCCCUGGCCCCACCAGCACUGCUGCAGGCGGGCACCCAGGAGGGCUUCAUAGUGAGGCUGGCAAUGAUGCAUUUCACUCUGGCAUUGAGCGUUUAUAAAGAGGGCUGCUUUCCACAGCUACUAUAUUUUUAAAAUAAAAUAUUUCCAAAAAAAAAAAAAAAGAAAAGAAAACAAACCUCAAACAAGAGCUGGGAAGGAUGUGCUGCCCGGGGCAGGUGGUUGGGCUUGGGGAUGGGCAUGGUCUCCUCCUCUGGUGUGUGUGGUGGUGAUGGGCUUGGCUGGCUGUGGGCAGGUGGUGGGAGGUGAGGGCCAGCCGGACAAUAAAAGCCCCAUGAGAGCAAUGGCUUUGGUGGUCUCUUUUCUGCCAGUGUGGGGAGGGAGGGGGCAGCUCGGAGGGCAGCUCCCAUACAACUCAAAUCCCUUCUCUCCUCCUGCAUCCACCUCCCCUGGACUCCAAGUGCCGUCCCGAGAGGUGCUGUGCCCUGCACUCAUCUAGUGGUGGGUUCAGCAAGCAAAAACCAGGCUUUUCCAGCUGAAGCACUGCCCCAGGGGUUGGGCACCUCUCAGCUGCCUGCACCUGGGGGGAGGUGCAAGGAGGCAAGCAGAAAAGCUGCAUCUCAAACAUGCUGAAAUGGGAUAUUUUUGCUUUUUCUGAACCAAACAUUUAAUUUUGAGGAGUCAGAAUAAAAUGCCUGAUGCUGUUUACACUUCUCUUCCACAUUUUCUUCUGGCUCUGCUCACUGAAUUUGACCUAAAUUGACAAAUUAUUUUAGUCUUCAUCUUUUCAGCCCAUCAUCAUCUGUCCAAAGCAUUGAAGGACCAGGCAAUUACAACCCUGCUUUGCCACCCUGUUGCCCAGGCAUGGCUUUGUGGGGUUCUCUACUGGGAAUAAGUCUGCUGAGAAAUCAAACAGUAUCUUUGCCAACAAAAGUGAAUUUGCAGUAAAUUUAGCCAACUGCAAAAGUUUCUUCAUCCUUUCCCUCGGAGAAAACAAGAGGAAAAGGGCAGGUGAUUAAAAAGGUAUUAGCAGAAAUUAAUUAUAUUGCUAAAUUAUUCUGGAAUACCUAUGGAAUUACAUAUUACAUCUAUACUGGAGCCAUUAAAAUACAUGCGAUUAACAUCACUGCAAUUAACUCCCAAGUAUCUAAUAACAUUCUGCCACUCUUUCAGGUAAUUAAUUUAUGAGGCUUUAUUUUACAGCUCUUCCCCAGAAUUGAGUGUAGGAAACCCUGCAGCUACUGGCAGCGCGGUGCUGUGCCCAGGGCUGGGACACACGGCUCAGGCAGUGCUCAGCAUCAGGCUGUACCUGCAGCAGUAAUUUAUCCUGAGGAUAAAAUGAAUUACCCAGGGGUUACUCUGACAGGUUGUUGUGUGUAUUUUUGCUCUGUCUCAGCCUGAUAGCUAGCUCUGCAGCUAUGCCUUAUGGUGGAAUGUUCAUAUCCUUUGAGCUUGAUCUGCUGCUAAGGUUGCUUGGAGGAAUGUCUGGCUGUGCUUCCUGAAUGGAGCCUGCAUGGGAAUAGUGCUUUAUCCUUGCUGUGUUGUAAUCUCCAAUCAGGCUUAGGAGUCACCACAACCUUUUCCCGAGGCUGCAAGACCCUGCUUUUCACUGCUGAUGUCGUGUUGUCUUUGUGGAGAGGGGUGUCCUUGGGGCAUGGCUGCCCUGAGCCCCUGUGUUAGGAGCAGGAGUGGGAGGAGAGGUGAUGGAGGCGAUGCUCACCUGGAAUGAGGUGCAUUGCAUCAUUCCUGUAAAGGCACAUGAGCUCACUGCUGCUUGAAGACCGCUCUGUGGCAAAGGGAAGGAGGAGAGGCUUUUCUUGUCUUCUGCUGUUCAACAUCCCCCAGGGGCACUGUCUGCAUCAUGUUUCUUACCCAGCAACACAACUCUUUCUUUUCAAAGCCGUCUCAGAAACAAGUGUUACGAGCUGGCCCCUCCACAGAAACUGAUGGAGGAAGGCUGGGAAGCAGGGUAGAGGAGUGCUAGCUGGGAAGGGCAGUGUGACGGUGUCUGUGAGCAGAGGGGAGAGCCGAAGUAGCCAGCAAAGACCUUGGAGACAUGGAGACAGUACGGCAAUGGGAGCACUUCACCUGUUCCUUGCCCAGUGCUUGCUGAGGGCAAUGCAAGCACUGUUGCCUCCUCCCCAAAAUCUAUCCCUGCCCAGCAGAGACAAGACCUUUGGGAGCCAUGGGACUUGAGGAGGGAUGGCACGGUGGUGGUGGCUGCGCAGGGUGACUGGCUCUCAGCCUGGCGGUUUGUUAGAGGAAGGUGAUAUUUUGCCAUGGGCAAUGAGAACUAAAGGAAACAAUUAAAACUAAAUAGGCUGGAACAGAGCAGUUUUUCAGCUUUCUGUUGAGGUGUAUUGGUAAAAGAGCUCCUUUGUGAAAUGCGAAAUCCUCCUGGCAAGCUAUAGACUCCCACCUGCUGAAGUGAAAGCAGCACAACAAUAAUGCAGAAGAAAGGACAGAAAUUCCCAGCCCUCCAGUGGAAGACCCACAUGGGCAGCAUCCCUCACUGGCGUUGGAAAACAGGCCACAGGCACAAGGAAGCCCAUGCCCUUGGAGUGGAGAAGCUGGCAGUGCUUUGGGGGCCAACUGAUGCUGUCCUUUCAGUUACCUGACCCGCUGGGAAGUGCUGAGGUAAAUGCUCCUUCCAAGCCAAGAGACAGCCGCUGAAGUAGCCAGGUCCGCUCUGUAGCUUGCAGGGACACCAGAGUGGUGGCACCCUAUGGAGAGGCAAAACCCCAGCCUCUCUGAGCCUUCCUGCUAGUCUGGUCCUGAAAGACAGCAAAUUGUUCCAGUUCUGUACAGCCAUGGAUGAUCUGCAAUCGCUUCCUAGCCUCAGAGAUGGCCUGAACACAUCCACUUCCCAAGCAUUGCAGAACUGAAAAAUGAGAGCUCACAAGUAAGUGGAGCAAAGCAAGCCAUACCAGGCUGUUACAAAGCAUCAAGCCCAGAGAAAUCCAUCUAGGUCCUGUUCCCCUACCAAACAUUUGGAUGAAGAGGCAGCAACAGGCCUGUGCUGCUGCAUGCCUGGCACCAUGAGGAGAGUCCGGACCCAGCUCUUGUGUCCCAACAACCUCAUGUUACCUGCGGUACCUGCAUCCUUCUCACUGCCUUGGGCUGGAUCACCAGCUAUUUUACCCACCUGGGAGCUCUUAUUCAGCUCUCAGCAGCACAAGCGCCUUUCUGCUGCAUUGACCUGUGUGCUGGUGCACCCUACAGCCAAGGGCACCAGCAAGGUGAGAGGAGUGUGAGCUCUAGCUCUUCUUUCCCAGGCCCCUGGCAGCUCUCACAAGUCUUACUUGUCCUCUGAUGGUCUCCUUUUGGAAGGUGAAAAUACAUAAUGCUGCAGCCCCUGUGCAAGGCUGGGGGGAGGCUGGCUGGCUGGCAGCAGGCACCAAGCUGGAAGUACCCUGCAGUCCUGCAGCCAGAUUCCCCACAUGAGCACAGCACUGAUGUCUCUGCAGAAUCCGAAAGUGCUUGGGAGGAUUUGGGAGAAGAAAGACACCCAGCAUGACGAUGCAGCACAAAGGAUGGCCCUGUGGUCAGGCCAGCUCUCUGCAGCGUGAGACUUUGCAAACCACUCAGCAAGAGCAGGGCGCCUGGGGACAGGCUGCUCUCCAGCCCAGCAUCUGCUCUUUUUUCCUGAGGUUUAAUUCCACUCUCAUGCUGGUACUUCCCAGAACACAAGCUCCCUCGCAGCUCUGGGGCCUGGCUGCUCACCUGUGGCUGGGCAGCAGCGAGCCCCAGCUCCAACCAAACACGUGCUGCUGCUUUGGAGGUACCUGAGACCAUCACCUCCUACAGUAAUCCCAGGAAGGUGCAGGGGGCAGAAGCUGCUUGAGUUGCAGGGAAGCUACAGAAAGGUGCAGGGAGAUGCUGUCCCACAGGUAGUGAAGCAGCAGGAUGUGUUGCCUCCAAACCUGCACCACUGUGGUUUCCUCCUUAAGCUCUCCAUGUGCUUGCAUGCACAGCCUCACUGUAGCAGGCACCACACUGUAUGGCAGGAGGGAUCAAAGCUGUCAGGUUGUAUUUAACUGGGCAGGGUGAAUAGGUUUUCCAUUCCCUCAUUGGCAAAACCCAUAUGCCCUCCCUCUGCAGUGCCACGCAUUGUGGUGCCACCCAGGGCAGCCCCAUGCACUGUCUCCUCACACCAUAUACAAAUAAGUAAUUUUAUGUUUUAUUUUGCUCAAUCCAGGUUAAUUUGUUGAGCAGAGGGAGACUGAAUGCUUGUGCCAAUAACUCUUUCCCUCCUGCCUGCCCCAGAUUCAAUGCACUUUUUUAGCUCAGGUCAAUACUGCAAUAAAAAACAAAGAGCAGGUGUCCAGAGCACCCUAACAGCAACUCCUGUUCUCCUAAAUUCCUCCUGCCCAGGCUCUGUGGCAAAAGUUUGAGUUUCUCAUUAAUUUAAUCCUAACUUUGUAUGCCCUGGAUUUGUAAACUGCAUCUGCGUUUUAGGUCUGGUGUUCUUGAAGGAUAAUGUCUAUUUAAUUUACUGAGUAGGGCUUGAUCAUUUAAUUUCACCUUAAUAAAGAUUCUAUGUGGUUUUGACAUGUU